AUGAUAAGGCGCAACACAUUCUGCCCCUCUGAGCUCCCCUCCACAGCACAAAGCUUCGACGAGUACUUCUCCAUCGACCGCCCUCACCCAAGCCAGGAGGCAUUCCUCUGGACAGGCAAGAGAACCAGAUCGUGCUCUCUAGGCGGCACGGACGGGAAGCCAAACUUUGAGGAGAGUGUCGCCAUGGCGAGCGGGCUGGAUGAGUUUGUUGAGGCGCAUGUUGCGACGCAGAUGCAGAUAAAGGCGCAGGCGGAGACCUUCCAGGCUGGAGUUGCCCAGGAAGAAAAACAGGGACAUGGGCCUGACGGUGGACUUGCGGAGGUGCAGAUUGACGGGCCGGCUGAGAAGAAGAAGUUGAAAAGAAAGAAGAAGAAGGCUACAAAGAAGGAAAAGACCGAGGGUGGUGAAAAUGAAGAGCAAGAGAAGAAUGAGGAGUGGAACGGAGUUGUGGAUGAGCAUGUACAGGGGAAGGGUGUCUGUAGUGAGGAGUAUACAGAAGUCAAAGAGGUGAUUGUUGCGUAUGGGGAUGGGCAAGGUCAGAGGAAGGAGGAGGAUGAAGAGAAGGCGUCUGUUGAGAUGAUUGAAGAUGUUGGCGAGGACCGAGAUGUCGGAGUCCAAGCUCAGCAAGAGGACGAACCUCAGGCAGAGUUGCCAGAGGAAGACAAAGACAACGACAGCGCUGUGUGUCGUGUCCACGGGCGCCUGCUGUGCCAGUUCAACGCCGCGUGCUGCGUGCAUCGGCCCAUGCAGGAUGGCUGCGGCUGCCCUCCUCGACACUCGUGCUGCUGCAUGCACCAUGCGGGCGAUUGUUGCACCUGCCGCAGGGAUGAUCCCGUUACGCCCGAAGCUGACGACAAUACCUCCAAGACCCUCUCCGCUGGUGCUCCAGAUACGCCGGAUUCCAAUCCUGCUGUAGCAGACGCUGCCGACCCUGCCACCGUCUCGACUACUGCCUCUGCAUCGACUCCUCCCAACCCCGCCGGCGUCAAGCUCAUGGUAACACCGGCCUCACCCAGUCCCAUGAAAUGCGCCGAGCCUGCCAUCAUGGGAGGCGCUGAAGACGCGGGGAUCAUGGCUGCGCAGGCAAGCCUGGAACUGUCCAAGGCCCUUCUCGAAAUGUUGGACAUCGGCCAUGUGAGCGACUAUCGUCUGACGCUGCGCUCGAUGACGGACCAAUUCCUCCCUAUCCACUUGACCGCGCAUAGAUGUAUUCUAGCACGCAGUCCGCUCGUCUCAACACUUGUUCAUGAUCCAUACUAUAGCCAUGAGCUCGUGGCUCUUGCCUGCGAGCACUUUACCAUGGUCAAGCCCUGGGAGCAAGUCGUCCACUACCUCUAUGGACGGCCUAUGCUCACCCAGGAGACUCUGAAGCCCGCUACCUUGGACGGCCUGGGGUACGACCCAUUUCCCGAGCGCGGUUGCGAGCCCGAGUAUCCGUUCUCCGUGCCGGCGGCGAUGAUGGACAUGGCGCUGGGAUAUGCGGUCUGCGGGGCGUUCUUCUAUCUGCCAACCAUCGUGGACACAGGCUUUGGCCUGGCUCUCGACCUGAUCAGCUGGGAGACUGUCGAGCACUUGUUGUACUUUGGACUGUGCACGCACAAGUUUGCGGUCAUUCUUCCCACGCGUCCUUGGUCUAACCCUCAUCCUCACGAUCCUCGUCAGGAUGUUCGCCAUGCUCAUACUGCAGAGGUUCCCGAGACCGACACUCCGGGACAGAAAAUACACAAGACACCCGAGGCCUUGACUAACACUGUUGGAGCCACUGCUACGCCUAUACCGUUCUUCCCUCUCGGGGUCGACAUGGGUGUAGACCCUUCUCAGCUGCCUCCUUACCCAAUCUACCUCCUCGAGGGCGACUGGUCUCACCGGAUCAUCACCGCAGCACUAAACUUUCUUCUCGAUCACGUCAAGCCCGGCUUUGAGAUAUACUGCGCCGCCAAGUCGGAUAUCGUCCCUAACCGUGUCCCAGGCUACCUGCGUGCUCCUCCCGGCGUUCCCAAAAAUCCAGCCGAGGUAGCCGCCGAAAUCCAGGAAGAUAACUCUCCACCAAACACGCCCCCAGCUGGAGCGACGCUCUCUUUUGCAAUUGCAAACAAUCCGCGCCUUGCAGAGGUGAAAUUUGGCUUUUUCUCCAACAGUGAAGGGGAGAGCAACGGCGAUGAGCAGCCCAAGCCCAAAUCCAAGUCACAGAAAAAGAAAGGAAAGGAAAAAGAGAAAAAGAAACUCCAGGAAGAACAAGAAGCCGGUACUGCAGAGACAAAGAACAGUACCGCCGUCCCAGGCCUCGAGAUUACCAUGACCUCUGCCGUUCUUCUAUCUGUUGGUUAUCACCACCUUCAACUCACUUUUCGCAUGCUUUCGGAGCGCAACGUCUUGACUCCGUCGAUUGCCCAGUCUAUCAUCCUGGAACGCGAGGCGAGACGUCAUGCCGCGUUGAAACGCUACACUGAGAUGGUGAUUGCAAACAGGUCGAGUGUGAGCGCAAACGCGAGCCCUCAUGCUGACGCAGCCACUGGUACGGAUGUUGGUGCUGACGCCAGUGUUGGCUCGAAGAAAAAGGGCAACAAGGCAAAGAAGGACAAGGAGAAGGAGAAUGUGGACGUGGAGAAGGAGAAUGUGGAUGUUAAUAUCAGCGUGGCUCAUAUGCCAGAUGAAGUGAGAGAGCUGUGCUACCGAGAGUUCUUUGGUACCAAACCCAAAGCAGGCCCUGGAGCUGCUGGACAGAAUGAACUCGAGGUGGAGAUUGUUCUUCAGCGCGAAUGGGUCGGGAUCGAACAUUAG